AUGUCUUCUGCUUCCAACCAUCGGUCCCAGGCUGCAUGGAUGGUUCCUCCUGUUCCUCCUCCUAUCUGUGGCCUCUAUACCGACCAGCGCAAUGGCUUCCGCCACUUUCUCCCUCUUGUCUCUCUCGAUGUUCACACUACCAUUGUUUCUUCAACCUCGCGUACUGUCUUGACACAGACCUUCCAAAGCCCCAAGACAGCUGCCACCAACCAUCUUGAGAACGUGAGCUACAUAUUCCCUCUCUACGAUGGAGUAUCAGUAGUUGCAUUCACCUGCACCGUUGGCUCGCGCGUCAUCAAGGGCGUCGUAAAAGAGCGAAAUGAAGCCAAGCAGGCCUUUAAUGCCGCCGUUGCACAAGGAAAGACGGCAGGAUUGCUUGAGCAGUCUUUGGAGGCCUCCGAUGUCUUUACUACGUCACUGGGCAAUAUGCCCGCUGGCGAAAAAGUCACAGUCGAAGUGACAUAUUUGGGAGAACUGAAGCAUGAUGCUCAGGUUGAUGGAUUGCGGUUUACCAUCCCCACAGCCGUGGCUCCGCGAUAUGGACAUCACGCCCUUCAAGGAGUGAAUCCUGUUCAGGGCGGAGAGCAUAUCAAUAUCACCGUCGAUGUUGAUGUCUCUGGCAGCUCGACCAUUAAGAGCGUCCAAUCGCCUUCCCAUCCCAUUUCUGUCAAUAUCGGCACCCUUUCUACUGCAACCUCCGAGCCGCCAUCUCUGCAGAGGGCGCAUGCUACUUUAUCCCAAGGCUCAGCAGAGCUGAACAAAGACGUUGUCAUCCAAGUUGUCGCCACAGGCCUCGGUGAUCCUGUGGCCAUCCUUGAAGCGCAUCCCGCCAUUCCAAACCAACGGGCCUUGAUGGCGACGCUUGUUCCCAGAUUCAAUCUGCCAACGUCCAUGUCCGAAGUGGUCUUCAUGUGCGACAGAAGCGGCAGUAUGGGCGGCGGCAUCAAGAUACCAAGUGUCGUCGAGGCUUUGAAAAUCUUUCUCAAGUCCUUGCCUGUCGGGGUCAAGUUCAAUAUCUGCAGCUUUGGAUCACAUCACUCAUUUCUGUGGGAGAGAUCCCAGACCUACGACGAAAAUUCGCUUAGAGUGGCCAUCAACCAUGUCAGCUCAUUUGACGCCAACUUUGGAGGUACAGAAAUGUACAACCCAAUGGCCGAGAUAUUUAAACGACGCUACAGCGACAUGAAUCUCGAAGUCUUUCUUCUCACUGAUGGAGAGACCUGGAACCAGGAGGCAUUAUUCCAGCUUAUUAACUCGAAUGUGUCCGAAACCAACGGGGCCAUUCGAGUUUUUGCAUUGGGCGUGGGAGCAAUGGCCAGUCACGCCUUGAUUGAAGGAGUUGCCCGUGCGGGUAACGGUUUUUCUCAGGCUGUAGCCGAUGGUGAAAGAGUGGAUAAGAUGCUGAUCCGAAUGCUCAAAGGGGCUCUUACACCCCAUAUCACUGACUAUACUUUGGAGAUCAAGUAUGGCAGUGAUGAGGUGAGAGAAGAGGGAGACGACGACGACUUUGAGGUGAUUGAAAAGAUUAUGGAUGCCAUGACGCUGGAGCUUCCUCCCACUGAGUCAGACGACAUCAAUGCUGCAGGAAAAUACCAGAUUGCCAUUUCGCUUUUUGACCAAAGUGUCCAGGACAAAGAUUUGGAAAUGUCCGACACUUCCAAGGUAAAGAUGGAUCUGCCAGCUGUCGCCGUUCCACGCUACCUCCAAGCUCCUUUUCAAAUCCCACCCCUUUUCCCAUUCAGCCGUACGACUGUCUAUGUCCUGCUUUCCGACUCGACCCCGGACCGCCAGCCCAAGAGUGUCAUCCUCCGAGGAACUUCCACCCAGGGACCGCUCUCGUUGGAAAUUCCCAUCACCAUCUUGGAGGAACAAGGCACUACCAUACAUCAGCUAGCGGCUCGCAAGGCCACGAGAGAGCUUGAAGACGGCCGAGGCUGGACUUUCCAUGCCAAAGACGAUAAAGGACAGCUUUUACAAAAGCGGUACGAAGGCCAAUUCAGCGACAUGGUCAAGAGAGAAGCCGUACGGUUGGGCACGCAGUACCAAGUCAGUGGCAAGUGGUGCUCAUUCGUUGCCAUUGAAGACAGUGAAGACACGGCCGACGAGAAUGAAGAGAUUGUGAUCAUAGAUGACCACGAUGUAAACGCUACCAACGUGAGCGCGGAUACUAGAUCUGGCGGCCAAGAUGUUCGCCGCCGGAAUACUGCGGCCAGCGCACGGUUUAGGAAGACCAAGCGAAAGUCACAAAAUGAGAUUGAUGAAGAGAGGAGGAUGAAGAUAUUUGACCAAGCUAAGGUGGUCUCACCGCAAGAAGUAUAUCAGAUGCAAUUAGCGGCCCGGCAGCAAGUAAUGCAGCAACAGCAACCGCAAGCAUUAAGACAGCAGUCAAUAUCUAACAUGUCUAUGGCUGGCAUGCCGCGCCUUCCAGGUAAUGCGGGAUCAAUGAGUCCACAAGCCAUGGCUCAGGCACAGAUCAUGGCACAAGCACAGGCUCAGGCACAAGCACAGGCACAGGCUCACCAGCGAGCAAUGCUGCAACAGCACCAAGCAAUGGGUAUGCCUAUGCAAGGCCAAGCACAAGCACAAGCACAGGCACAGGCUCACCAGCGAGCAAUGCUGCAACAGCAACAAGCUAUGGGUAUGCCUAUGCAAGGCCAAGCAAGCCCAAUAUUUACUUAUCCGGCUACACGAGGGCUGCAGCAACAGAAUCAAAUGCAAUCUGCGCAACAGCUACCGGCGACAAACCCGCAGCUUAGGAAUCAAUCUGGAAACCAUGCGCUGCAAGAUUAUCAAAUGCAGUGCAUGUUAUUAGAGCAGCAAAAUAAGAAACGUCUCAUGAUGGCUCGUCAGGAACAGCAAGGAAAUCCGGGGGGUUCUUCAAGCAACUCUCCCGUGGUGCUUGGAAAUUCAGCUUCAAACUAUUCGGCACAAGGAGGUUCUAGACUCGGGAGUUCAAGCCCCAUGCACCCAAAUGCUCCACCUGGAGAGCUAUCAAUGGAGCAGAAUGCAGGCAAUUUGUUUGGUGAUUCUCCGAAAUUGGUGAAUUCCAACGACGUUUUGGCGGAUUUCGACUUUGACAGCUUUAUAGGCCAUUCGCAAGACAAGUCGGAAGACAUGAUAGACUACUCUGAUGACGAAGCUGCUCCAGAGUUGGCGUCAGGUCCAGCAGACACUCCAAUGUCGACGCUGUUCUCAGAGCAAACCUUUAUCGGCAACUGGGAUUGGAGUCCAAGACUGGAAGCGAUUGUGGGAGUGACAAAGUCGGCCGCGUUGGCGGAUAUUGAGCUUCCAGGUCAAUACGACCAGCUUCAAGCUGUGCUGGCCACUCUUUGUGCCGUGGCGUACUUGAAGAAGAAGCUGGCAGAUGAAAAGGAUGUGUGGGAACUCAUUGUUGAAAAGGCGGAGGAUUGGCUACGAGGCCAGACGCAGGAAGAUGUGAUGGAGUUGGAGAGGAUUGUGGAGGGAGCGCUGUUUGCGAAGGAUGCUGCCUAG